GCAUUUACUUUUGCCGUCAUAGGUAAAUCAGUAACUUGCUGUAAUCCGAUUUGACAUCAAGCAUGCCGUGUCAACUGUUAAUAACUCUCACGUUGAUGCUUCUCAUCUUAAUAAUAUUUGAGUCGGUGGCAGUGCCUUUCACAAAGAAUGUCGAGGAAUGGCCCAAGAAGAUUCCAGACAAGCAAACGGGAGCUAGGGUAGCGCUGUGGACCAAGCAAAUGAAUGUGAAUCCUGAGGAAUUGGGCAGCUACACGGAGGGAGACAUCAUGGUCCCAAGAAUCACCAAAAGAAACGGAGUGACCGAUAAACUUCUCCGUUGGCCUGAUGGCAUUAUUCCUUACGUGAUUACUGGAGAUUUCAAUGACGAUCAACUGCAACUUAUAAGCGCUGCAAUGGACAACUAUUUUAAUUUCACAUGUAUUCAAUUUGUACCGAGGACAAAUGAAGAGGAUUAUAUUAACAUCAGUAGUGAUGAGACUGGAUGCUGGAGCUACGUUGGCAGGCAAGGCGGUAGACAAGAGGUGAACUUGCAGACUCCUGGUUGUCUAUAUGAAACAGGUACCGUAAUACAUGAGCUUAUGCACACCGUCGGCUUUUGGCACGAACACACCAGAGAAGAUCGAGAUGAAUACGUGGAUAUCAAUUGGGAUAAUAUUAAAGAAGAGGCGUGGAAGAAUUUCGCUAAAGCUGACCCGGGAGUUCUCUACAAUUAUGAUGUACCCUACGAUUACGGAAGCGUGAUGCACUACACUGCGUACGCGUUUGCCAAAGACAACAACGAAAAAACCCUUAUCACAAAAGAUCCAAAUGCGUCGAUUGGCCAGAGAGAGGCAUUUAGCGAGUCAGACAUCCUAAAGAUCAAUAAAAUGUAUAAUUGUGUUUAAUAUAAGCAUAAUAGCAAUUUUUCUUAUCAAAAUAUAAGCUUCUUAUCAAAA